AUGCCAUCAAUUAUUGGCAGAAUUUACUUGAAAUGCAGUCCUCAAUAUCGGCAAGCAUUAUCUAUUAUUCGCAAAUAUUUUGAUCGAAUAGUUGAACAAGAACAAAAAAAGACAGAAGAAUCGAUUGGUGAAAGAAGAACUAAUCUAAUUGCAUCACUCAUCAAUUCAUUACAGGAGAACGAAAAGAAGGAAACGAUAAAACCGACAGAUAAAAAGAAAGGAUUAUCGCAUGAUGAAGUGUUUGAUGAAAUGCUUUUGUUUCUCGUAGGUAGUUACGAAACAACAUCAGCUGCAUUAGCAUGGUUUAUUCAUCUAAUGAGUAAAAAUCCUCGUGUACAAGCAAAAAUUAAAGCUGAACUAGGUGAUAACAAACAACACCGUCUCUCUAUUGAACAACUUGAAUCUCUUGAAUAUUUGAAUUGUGUUAUUCAAGAAGUACUUCGUUUUGCACCACCUUCAAUUUCCACUAUACGUAGUGUAACUAUUGACGAUCGAUUACCGGCAAGUGGCAUUCAAUUGCACAAAGGCGAUGAAAUUUGGAUUAAUAUCUUUAAUUUAACUCGAGAUAAACGCUAUUGGAAGAUCGAUCCAGAUCUAUUCUAUCCUGAACGAUUUCAAAGUGAAGACAAAGAUCAUCAUCCAUAUGCAUUGAUUCCAUUCGGAAGUGGUCAUCGACAAUGUAUCGGACAAGUUUUAGCUCUAUUAGAACUGAAAGCAAUCGCUGUCAGACUAAUGCAACAUGUUACUUUUGGUGAUGGUGGUCUCGAAGUCAAUGCAGGUGGAUUCAACGCGAAAGGUAUACUCAUACCAAAGAAAAUUGGUGUGACAAUAACUUUCGACUAA